AACAUCUCGAGCAAUUUCAACCGAGUCUUUAUAAUGCGCCACUGCCGUGAAAUCCGCUCAACUUCUUCACAAAAUGAGUGACUACGGCGACGACGCCGCAUAUGAUACGUACGAUACAGAUACAAUCUCUCUUACGUCGACGGUCGAUAGCGAACCAGAAGAUUCCUACGUCGUCGAAUGUAUCCUGAGUGAUGAGUGGGAUAGAGAAGAUGCAAUUUACAAGUACUUAGUUAAGUGGUAUGGCUAUGGAUGGCACAGAGGCACGUGGGAACCUGCAGAAAAUCUGGAUGGAACCACCCUUCUCGAUGAAUGGUCUGAGAAAGAGCAAACCAAGGGGAUGUCUGCCUUUAUAGCAAUAAAGCGGAACAACAAAGCUCGUUUCGAAAAGUCCGUAAGAGAAUAUUCGGCAGCCAAGCAACGAAGAGUACAGAAGCGUUCGAAGAAAAAGCACAAGCUGCGGAAGCAAGAAAGACGUAUUGUCUCAUCUGAUGACAGCGAGGAAGACCUUCCUCUUAUCUUGCAAUGGCGGAACACUCAAGCGAAAAACCAGCCUCUCGAACCUUCUAAGACAAAGAAUGAGAGCGACAUCCGCUCAUUUGACAGCCUGUUUGUGGAUAGCCAGGAGCCACAGUCACCCAUUGAAAGACCGCCUCCGCUUGCUCGCAGACUUCCGCUGGAUCAGUCUUCAUCAGAUGAUGAAUCCUCCUCUUCUGAUACUCACAGUACUGCAGAUUCGCUAUUAGAAGACCUGCAAGAAGUCGAUUCAGAAACAAGAGCAAAGACAACCAAGCGUAACGAGGCCGAUAAAAAAGUCCGACGAGGUGUACCAGACUUGAAGGCCAGAGUUCCUGUCAAGACAGUUACAGCAAGAUCGAAUCCAACAUUGGACGAGGAAAACGCACAAAAUAGCAAGACCCAGCGUGAAAAGAACCCAGCUCCUCAUAGUACGACCUCGACAACACGAAAGAUCAGUGGUCUCGCUGGUAACUCGGUCCCAAAAACUGGCAUGUCGGGUGGCUCGAAAGGUAUAGAACAGCGUACAACAACCGCUGCACCCCGACCGUCAAAGUCAGCUUCCAUGUCCACAAUAAAAAGCAGCGUCGCAGGGCCCAGGCCAUCUGGAAUCAAGAUGAUCAAUGAACCAAGGACCCAGUUACGAAAGGAGUGGCAACAUGGCGACAAACAGUACAGCAGACUGAAAUACCGGGGUCAUGCAGAGAAGAGGUCGCGUGUUGAAGGUACGCCUGAUAUUGCCGCACUUGAAUUUGUGAACGGCCCUCCCGUAGCAUUGGUUAGAUCAAGAGCCCCGGCAUCGAACGAGAGUCCAUACGGACGUCGCGAGGUCACAAAACGCCGUGUCCUAGAAGCUGACUCCGACGAUGAAAUACCGCAACGAGGACAUACGGAUACCGCCGUAUCUUUGGAGGAUUGGGAGUCCAACAAAAUUCCUUUGAUUUGCCCUCAUUGGAGACUCAGCAGCAACUGCGUUUACGGUCGAAUAAAGUGCCGCUACUUGCACCGCGACAAAGAUCUCAAAGGUCGAGACAUUAAGAUUGCACCUGCAGAUGGAUUACUGCAAGCGAAAUAUCGACAACCGCCACUUACAUGUUUAUUCUGGCUGGAAUCGGAGAGAGGAUGUACGAAACCGGACGACCAGUGCGACUACGCCCAUACAAACACAGGUUGGAAGCAGCUUUCAAAGGGCCGCGAGCCUGUGAAGAUAGAUCCCAACCAGGUACCAGUCAGCAUGCAGAAUGUACACGGCAACCCCCAGUUCAACAAAGAUAGGAGGAACUUACCACCGAGUCAAGUAACUUGUUGGUAUUGGAAGCACCAACAGUGUCAUUAUACGUCAGAGACCUGUCAAUAUCAGCAUACCGAUACUGGAAUUGUUGCCAAUCCACCACCCCGGCAUACCACGUGUCGUGAUUGGGCUAAGGGCAGAUGUCGGAAUACUGCGGAAGGAUGUAGGUAUCGGCAUGCUGAUACGGAUGCUGAUCCAGACCAGCUCCUCAGUGAACUUGAUCCCGUCAAUAUCGUGCCACUUGAAAGAAGACAACCUAGUCAUUUUGCACAGAUGCCCGCUGCUGACUCUGGUUCGGCGAUAGAUUUUGGAAUGACCGAUGUUGCAGCACCUGUUCUUACAGAUGAUUUGACCUCAACAACUGUGCCACCUCCAAUCGAGCGGCAUCUAGCGAGUAUACCGUGCUUGCAAAUGAAGCAAAAGAUUGAGCAAAUUUGCAAACUUGACUUUACUGACAUGUUCACUGGCAAUAGAGACGAAGGUGCCAUAGUGGACAGAAGAGCGUUUCUGCUAUACCAUCCUCAAGACCAUGUGGAAGAACUCGAUCUCAUCACUCGAUGGUUACUCAUGCAUCAUGUCGAGGUGGGUAAUGCCUGGUAUGAUGGUUCUUGGGACCACUUCAAGCAGCAAAUUACGGGAGGAGGUUCAGGUAUAAUCAUCGCUCACCCUGAUUUUGAGUACUUUUCUGAACUUCCGGAUCUUGGCCAAGUGCUCAAAAGCGAUGUAAGAAUGUGGUCUAUUGGGCUGCAAACAGUCCUCGAGUACUGUCCGGCAGCAUUCGAUUCAUCGCCUGAACUUCGAUAUGAUCGUAUUGAAAUCUUCCCGCUUGGCGGGUUUAUCUACAUCACAGAUGAAGUCUUCGAAAAGCAACCGCAACUUGCACUCAAGAUUGUGGAGCUGUUCUUCACAAAGAUAAGGAAACUUCGACAGGUGGCAGGCCCAAUCUCUCCAUGGCACGAAGUGAACGAUGCCGCCAUACUCUGGCGUCUUUGCGUGCGACCCGAGUUGAUGCAGCAUUUGUUGCAGAUAUGCGAGAAGCACGAAGCAGAGCUGGAGGCCGGAAAUCCAGAUCAUACGAGUCGCGCGAAACUCUACCAGCUGCUCUGCGAAACGAACUGGAUUGAGCAAGACGAUCCCAUCGCCCCCCUCAGCAUGGUCCAUGACAAAUACCCCAUCCUCUCGGAGCGCUACAACAUCGCCAAAGAACAGCCUAUCGACUACUUCAAUACCCUCUCUCGUAGCCAGAAUGAAGCCAAUCUACGUAUGAUACAGUAUUACGUUGGACUCCUCAUUGAUAUGCGCCGCGACUACCGCCAGUUCUACGUUGUGCAUACUGAGCCCGCAGCUCCGCAUGUGCAGGAAUGGAAGAAGAUCCACAACAUCGCCGAGGUCAUGACGCCGGAGCAGUUGAUUGAGGAACUUGACAAGCCAUCCAAAAAGAGCAAAAUUGACUUUUAUGAAUGGGCAAUGCCAGCGUACAAGGUGAAGGAUCAGAAUGAGCCUCCAGUUGGCGGUGUUACGGCUUGAAGAAAUCAGGGCCUGGAAGAGAGUGAUGGAUGAAGAACGCCGAAUUUCUUUUCUUUUGUAGAACCGUUCAGAAUAUCUAGUCUUGAAUGGCACGUUAUGAAGGAUUUUACUGCAUGACCUAUUACGGUAAUUACGAUUUACAAAGGCGUUACAAAAGCAUGGACGGACACGUAUAUGAUGAUAUCCCCCCCCAACAGAUAGUUUUGUAUUUUUCCCCCUUGGAAUGGCAUGCACCAUACUUUCAAAAUAGGAAAUUCAUUCCAUCUUCAAAGACUUACCGGAAUAUAUCUCUAUUUACCAUAUCUCCCCUUUUCGUUAUC